AUGCAACAACAGUCUGAGCAGCAGAAUCUGAGCAAUAAUCAUUUUCAAAGCGGAAUUCAGCUCCAUUACCCCUCCGAUCCUCUCCAAACCAGUUCAAAUGCUCCAUAUCCAUCGGCAAUCGAGUAUUUUUCCGACUUCAAAACAGAAUGGAAUACUAAACCGGAAAUCCUCAAUAUAAUCCUCGCGGCAUGUGCUGACCCCUAUUCCAACUGUAUCAAAAAUCAAUCCUCUCCAAGGCCGUGUUCAGGCUCUCAAUUCAUUUUCCCGCGUCUCGACGGUUCGUGGUUCAAAAGCGAUGGGUACAUUUGGCGAAAACGGAAUAAUGGAAGAAAUAGCCGAGAGGAUCAUUUAAAAUUGAAAGUUCGCGGGCAUGACCAAGCCAUUGAGGCCAAAUAUGUGCAUUCUGCAAUUGUACCAACGUUCCAUAGAAGGGUUUACUUCUUGCCAGAUAGUCCCUACGUGCUGGUACACUAUCUGAAUGAGAAAACGGACAACAAAUUGGACGAUCAGGCUGAGGAAAUUGCGAGGAGCAUGAUUACUAACAACGUCUUGGUGUCCCUACAACAGCUUCAUGAGCAGCUAUUCCCGAUAUUCUACCAAGACGCGGAUCAGCUAGUCAUCGAAGUGAAUGAACAUUUGAAAAAGAAAGGGAUCAACUUACCAACAUCUCCUCUACCUCAAGAACCAGCUACCACUACACCGAAAGCACCGCCACCCAUAGCAUCGGGAGCUCGGGAAUUGGAACGACGGAAUUCGUGUAGUUCGGCUUUCCGAAAAGGAUUGUCUUCAGUGGCAUUGAGAAGACAACCAUCGGCGAACAGUGAGAUUGAUGCAAAUCAUAUUGGCACGAUGCUCAAACGCUUCGGCUGUAACAACACCUCCUCUCCCGACAAAACCGUCGUCCCAGCGAUUCACACAUUCCAAGCCAUCCGCUCAGCGCACGCCAACCACCAAGCAAUGGAAUCUCGCUCCCCAUCCGGUGACGGUGAUUCCAGACCGAUCACUUUCGACGAAGACGCCUCCUACCAACAACUCUCCAUCAAAUCCUCCUCGACACCAGCUAGCGCGUUCGCCGAGAAGAUGAAAAUUCGAAGUGGGUCUCAAGAGUCGCCGAUGGGACCACCAGCUACGCCGUCGUCCUCGAUCAACUCUUCUUCUCUGAUCCCCAUUAUCGAAAUGAGUCCGUCCAGCUCAUCGAUAAAAGGAGGUCAAAAGAUGCUGAUCGUUGGAGGGUACUACCGAAAAGGUCAUGGUUAUAAGAUCUCAUUUGGAAGAGGAAGAAUGAUGUCAGCGAAUUUGAUACAUGCUGGUGUCCUGUCUUGUGUUAUACCACCAUCGGUUAGAGCGGAAGUGGUCCAGGUGCAGGUGUUUUGUAAUGGGCAGCCCAUCUCCACAGCCGUCGAGUUUACUUAUGAGCAACCACCAGAGCAGCUGCAAAAGGAGAACGAUGAGAAGUUGAUGCAAAUUUUUGAGAAGAUCCGGAUUAUUGCAUGCGCCUUUAAUGCGUACUCGUCGGUUGAGAACAUUCAAUCAUCAUCAUGCAUGGAAUCUGUCCUAACAAACCUCGUACACCAAAUCGACAACGAAAUCUCCCAUUCUCACCAUCAAACGUUCCGAAUGGAACUCCUAAAUGGGCUCAGUCAAUUCCCAUCGAAAACUGUUCUUCACCUAACUGCCGCGUUUGAUUAUGAACGGCUAUUCGAAGCACUGAUCGACCUGGGCCGGAAAGUUCCAGCAUGCCGAGAGCUGGAUAUUAUGGCGAGGGACUCGGACGGAAGUACCCCAUUGCAUACUGCAUUUAGGUGUCAUUCCGAGAAAAUUGUUCGGUUGAUAAUGUCGAUCGAUGAGAGUGCAAUGCAUGUGAUGGAUGAUCGAGGGAGGACAGCGGCCGAGUUGGCUCCAGAUGAUUCGAUUGAUAUGGUCUCCGAGAAAAACAACGAGGAAGAGCGAGUCAACGCGACCGAAUUGUGGGUGAUGACAAACGGAAAAGCGUUCACCAGUGAGACAUUGCUCAACGGAAGGUCAAAUGACAAACCAGACGAACUCAUCCGUGACUCCUCCUACUCUAUCAUGUCUGAAAUGUACGAAGGACCAUCUAUCCUCCAGACAGGAACUUCUCGAGAAUGUGACGAGGAUUGUGAGUCAUGCUGCGAUGCAAAAUGUAUGGGACAGCUACAUGUGGAAAUCGCAAUGGAUACGGAUGUUCAUGUACCGGAUUCUCCUAAAAUGGCUCGGUUGUUUCAAGCAGUUACCAGUCCUGGAAUCAUGGUGACACCGAAUGUGCGCGCGAGAAUGGCAGAUUUGGCGAGACAGAUUAUUGAGGCGUUGCCGGAGAGGAUAAAAGGAAAUUCGGAAGUUUCGUAUCGAGAUGAAGAGGAGCAGAAUUGUAUUAUGAAUAAUUGUGGAGGGAUGUUUUAUCAACAACCGGGUUCCUCGAUGACCGCAGAGUCUGGAAUUGUGGACGAUUAUAUUGAUAUGAUGACAGCGGAGUCGAGGGCAGACUUAUUCCCAGAACAAGCGCCACUGUCCACGGAAACGACCACCGAAACAAGCACCAGCGCUCUCACUUCUGCACAAUUGUUCGCCACCAAUUUCUAUUUUCAGUUCUUCGACGAUCGAUCAUUCGCUUCUUCAUCUACAAGGGCAAAUACAUUUGAAAGUGAUAGUUUGGAGUUUGACAAAGAUCUCGGCGAAUUCUUCUCUCAUCACGUGGACCGCUUCGUCGACCCAAUUCAGCAGCGACUUGCGAACCUUAAGUAUAACGAUGACGAGCAACGGGACGUUUACGAAGCGGCGAUGACAAUUCAACGAGCCUAUCGUGUGUACCGUGCUCGGAGCACGACUCGCCGACAGGAGGAUUUGGAGAGACGAGCAGCGUUGAAGAUUCAAGGUUGCUAUAGAAGAUACAAACAGUUUUGCUAUCUGAAGAAACUUCAUAAUGCCGCCAUUGUGAUGCAGAAGCAUUUUCGAAUGAGAAAGCGCAACGACAAGGAAGAGAACAACGCUGCCGUUGAAGCGGUGAUUGCCAGUGUCCCAGAACAUCCAACACUCGAUGGACAAACAAUUUGCAUUCAAGUUCCAAAAACCAACUCAACUUUGCUCCGCGAAAGAGCCGCGACGACUAUCCAGGUCGCCUAUCGUUAUAGACACCGGAAGAGGCAGGCGGCCGCUAGGAAGAUUCAGAACUUUAUGAGACAAAAUCGCAAUAAUGGGAUCCUAGAAGAUGGUCAUUCUCAACGAUUUAUUACGCAAAAUGCACGCGCAAAACGAAGACGGUGCGUCGCUUGUCCAUCAAAAAAUGAACGCCAACAAUCAGCAACAACAACGGAUCUCACUGGCGAGCAACGGAACAACAGAGAUACCAUCCAUCUCAACCAUGACCCCGCCACCACCAUCAUCUCAGACUACCCAAACAUUCCACGUGGCUGCUGCACAAGCUCCGCCCCCUCACCAUCAGCCACGCCCACAAUAGUUAAUCUCCCACCAAGUCCCCAAUUUCAUCGGCCAACACCAGCAACAACAAUGCCACGUCAUCAUCAUCAAUGGGACCAACUGAAGCCGCCUGUAGCGUCAUACGGUUGCGGAACACUUGCAUAA